GAGUCGUUAGGCGGCAGUGUAGCCGGAAGGCUGACAGGCUAGUAUCACGAAAGACAAAAAAACACACACACACACACACACACACACUGGUGUUAGCAAGAGACUGUCCAAGUGGUUCCGCGUGAUUAACAGCAGCCUUUAUGUCGUCGGCUCUUUUCUAUUCAGAUAAUCUAGUUAGCUAAUUAGCUAACUGACAUCAUCAUUAACAGUGAGUGAUGGCGGUUGAACAAUUUGUGUCAAAGACACUCGAGCUUCUCCAGGAGGAGAGGGAGGCUGAAAUAGAGGAGACCAGGAUAUGGCAGGAGAACAUCUCUCUCAAAGAUCUUCAAAAUAAAGGAGUUUGCCUGCUGAAAUUGCAGAUAGGAAGUCAGUCCACAGGCCUGUACGGUCGUACAGUCGUCGUCCUUGAGCCAAGAAAGCAUCUUGGUUUCUUAUCUCUGCCAAGCAACAGCUUUGGACCCGGAGACAUAGUUGGGUUGUAUGACACUGGUGGAUGCACCCCAGCCUCACAGAUCGGCACGGGAAUAGUGACGAGGGUCAGCCAAGUUUCUAUAAGUGUGGCCUUCGACGAUUCAAAUGAUGGACUCAGCUUUGAUACGGGUGCGCUUCACAACCUCUUAAAGUUGGCAAAUGACGUCACCUACAAACGGAUGAAAAAUGCCUUGAAUACAUUAAAUGGAUACAGCAAUGGACCAGCUGCCAAUCUGAUAAAUGUUCUUUUUGGAGACUCAAAACCAUCCAUGCAAUCACAGCCAAAUAAAGUAAAAUUCUUUAACUCAAACCUGGACGAUUCUCAGAGAGAAGCUGUGUCCUUUACGCUGUCUCAGAGAGAACUGGCUGUGAUUCAUGGACCACCAGGCACUGGGAAAACCACCACAGUGGUCGAGAUCAUCUUGCAAGCAGUAAAACAAGGCCAAAAGGUCCUUUGCUGUGCGCCCUCUAACGUCGCCGUGGAUAAUUUAGUGGAGAGGUUAGCCCGGUGCAAGGCAAAGGUCCUCAGACUGGGUCACCCUGCCAGACUUCUGGAGUCCAUACAGAAACAUUCACUAGAUGCCAUCCUUGCACAGAGUGACAACGCAAACAUCAUCGCUGACAUCCGUAAAGACAUCGAUAAAGCAUUUAUUGGAAUAAAGAAAAUGCGUGAAAAAGGAGAGCGGGUGAACUUCAAAAGAGAAAUAGGGGAGCUUAGAAAAGAGCUGAAAUCAAGGGAAGCGACAGCCAUAUCCCAGAUCCUAAAAAGAGCCGAUGUUGUGUUAUCAACCAACACUGGUGCUUCUGGCAGUGGCCCGCUGAAGUUCCUGCCAGCGGAGCAUUUUGAUUGGGUGGUGAUAGACGAGUGCGCUCAGGCACUGGAGAGCAGUUGUUGGAUCGCCCUGCUCAGAGCACGCAAGUGCAUUCUGGCUGGAGACUACAAGCAGUUACCACCUACUAUUAAAUCACAAAAGGCUGCAUCAAAAGGCCUGUCGCUCAGUCUCAUGGAGAGACUUAUCCAGAUGUACGGGGACUCAGUGGUCCGUAUGCUCACUGUUCAGUACCGCAUGAACAGUGCCAUCAUGAACUGGGCCUCCAAAGAGAUGUACCAGGGAAGACUAACAGCCCACAGCUCUGUAGAGCGACACCUGUUAAAAGAUUUACCAGGAGUCGCCUGUGUUGAAGAGACCAGCACGCCACUUCUCCUCAUUGACACUGCAGGCUGCGGCCUGAGUGAGAUGGAGGUCACAGAUGAGCAGUCCAAAGGCAACCAGGGUGAGGUCGACAUUGUUGAACUGCACAUAAAGGCCUUGACUGAAGCUGGAGUGAAAGCUAAAGACAUCGCUGUUAUUGCUCCAUACAAUCUACAAGUCGAUCUUCUGCGUCAGAAACUUUCUGCGAGGCAUCCAGAGCUGGAGAUAAAGUCUGUGGAUGGAUUUCAAGGCAGAGAGAAAGAGGCUGUGGUGUUGUCGCUAGUUCGGUCCAACAGAAAGGGGGUAGUUGGAUUUCUGGCAGAGGACAGAAGGAUUAAUGUGGCUGUUACACGUGCGAGACGUCACAUUGCUGUUGUGUGCGACACUCAGACUGUCCAGACUCAUGCUUUCCUGAAGUCCCUGAUAAAGCAUAUGACUGAGUUUGGCGAGGUCAGAACAGCAUUUGAGUACAUCCAAGACAUCGUGCCACAGAACUACACCCGGGACCACAAAGACACAAAGGCUAAUACGUCUGCCACCAGCUCCACAUCCACCAAACAGAAGGUUAAAGAUCAGCCUCCGAACAGGUCGAAGCAACAACAAAAGAAGUGCCCUGGUAGCAGCAGUAAUGAAAAUGCUGCUGCUACAGAGAAGCACACAAAGUCCUGCAUGACGGCACUGACCGAGGAAGAGCAGAAGAAGAAUAGAUGUGCUGAGAUCAGAGUGCAGGUGGAGAGCUUUCUAAAGGACUUAAGUCAGAAAGAACUACAGUUCCCAUCAUCAUUUAACUCUCAUGACCGCCUGCUGGUCCACCAGAUCGCUGAGGAGCUGGGCCUCGUGCAUGAGAGUAAAGGUGAGGGCAAAGACAGGUGUAUCAUGGUGGCCAGGCCUCUGGUGUCAACACCAGCUGAGAGGCCAACACAAGAAGAAGAAGAAGAAGAAGAAGAAGAAGAAGAAGAAGAAGAUGAUGAUGAUGAUGAUGAUGAUGAUGAUGAUGAUGAUGAUGAUGAUGAUGAUGAUGAUGAUGAUGAUAAUGAAGAACCUCAGGAAAAAGAAACAAUCCCCAACCCCCAGAGCGAGCCGAUGUGUCAACCUACAUUAGACCUGAAAAGUUUACAUUUGGAUCGAAUGAAGAGGGAGCAGCAGAAGAGGGAAGAACAUGCUCAAAAAAAACAGCAACAGAACAACUUCCCACCAGCUCAGGCCCAGUCAUCAAAGAAGCCCAAGUCUGCUAAAGGAAAGAACCGAAUGAAGGCAGGCGCUUGCGGCAUCGCUGCUGCUGCAGCUCCAGAUGAGGACUUUGACACGCUCCUCGACGCUGUCAUAAAGGCUGAACGUGUGUGCAGCUUUGUCAGGUGUAAAGCUUCUGUGCUGAUGCUUGGCCAGCUUUGCCUGUUCUGCAACAGGCAGUAUUGUCUCAGUCAUCAUAUACCGGAGAUCCACGGCUGUGGAGAUAAAGCCAAGUCUCAUGCUCGGAUGAGAAUAAGCAAAGAAGGCGUUCUGUACGCAGGAAGUGGGAAGAAAGACAAAUCCAUGGACCCCAAUAAGAAAGCCUAUCUGCAAAGGAAACUGGACUCUAAAUUGAAAGAUAUGUCAUCACAGAGGAAACCAAAAAACAAAGAGAAUGACAGUUAAUGCUAGCAAAUGAACUCUGUAAAUUCACAUAACUAGAGUCUUUAUUGUGAACAAAAUUAAACCAUAAAAAUGUU